UCAGGGGCGACGAAGCAAUUCCACAAACCUCCGCAACUCCUCACCCUCCCCUGCCUUCCCCCUCAUUGCCUCAUCACCAUGGCCGCAUCGGCCGUGGCAUACAAGGACAGGCAGUUCCUUGCGGUCAUCGGGGAUGAAGACUCCGUAACUGGUCUCCUUCUCGCGGGUGUCGGUCACGUCACAGAUGGCCCCGACGCCCAGCGAAACUUCCUAGUGGUCGACUCGAAGACGGAAAACUCCGCGAUCGAGAAAGCGUUCCAGAACUUCACCCAGGAGAGAAAGGACAUCGCUGUCGUCCUUAUCAACCAGCAUAUCGCCGAACGUAUCCGCCACAGCGUCGAUUCCUUCGCCGAUGCAUUCCCGGCUGUUCUCGAGAUCCCGAGCAAGGACCACCCAUACGAUCCCGAGAAGGACAGUGUGCUCAAGCGGGUGCGGAGACUGUUUGGGGAGUAAACUCUGAGCGUCUUGUGUCUGCGUCUGUCUCGUUAUUCGAAACCACGGGUUUGUGUUGUGUUGCGUUGUGUGUGUGUGUGUUCUACCUGGUGGUUCGCUGUGUAUCUGUGCUUGUCGACUUGAUUGUUGUAUAAACGCGUGGAAAGAGAGAAGGCCCGAGGGGCAAAAGGGAUGAUACCCAAUUAUAUCAUUGUUGCACAUAGAACCAGAUGUUUACAAGUUCGCGAAG